AUGUAAACAAUUAAGAAGGUAAUAUGCUCUCCCCCUUGCUCACUUGAAAAAUGUGGUUAAUGCGACAACGAAAACAUCAAUUGUAUAGAGUGUAUUGAAGGGUACACUUUAGAAGAAAGCUAAUGUUAAUGUAAUAACGUAUACUACUUAAUAGCCUGCGUAUCUAAUUGCAUUGAUUGUAAAAGUGAUGUUAAUACUUGUACUUAGUGCUAAGAAGGUUAUAGUUUGGUAAGCAAUAUUUGCUGUGUUAAUUAAAUGUGUUUAGAAUCUGAUGAAAUCUGUAAUUGCUAAUCCUGUCAAAAUGGAUAUUAUCUUAAUGAUUUAAUUUGCGAACAGUGCGAUUUGAAUUGUACACUAUGCUAUUAUUUAGAUAAUACAACCUGUAAAGAUUGCUCAGCUCAUUGUAAUUAAUGUGAUUCUGAUACUGAAUGCACCUCUUGCGAUGACAAUUAUGAACUGGUGGUCGGAUGGUGCACACCCUGCACCAGCACUCAAUAUUACUUAACUGGAAAAUGUUAUAAUUGUUCAACAAAUUGUAAUUCGUGCUUUGACAACGACACCAAUUGUUCUAGUUGUUCUCCAGGAAAAUACCUUUCAGGAAAUGAAUGCUAACCAUGCAUUACUCCGUGUAUUGAGUGCAAUACUGAGAUCGAUUGUACUGUGUGUGAUGCUGGAUAUUGGCUUGAUAAUCAAGCUUGUACAAAAUGUGAUGAUAGAUGUUAAAUAUGUACUUCUGAAACUCAAUGUGAAUCUUGCGCUGGUGGGUAUUACUUAGAUGGAGGCUCAUGUGAAACUUGUCCUGAUGGAUGUAAUUUAUGCACUAAUGCUACUACAUGUACAUCUUGCCAGUAAAAUUAUUAUUUGGAUGGUAUUUGCAAAUAAUGUUCUCCUGGGUCCUUUUAAUUAGGUGAUGCUUGCGCUCAAUGCAACAGUCCUUGUGAAACUUGUGAGAUUGAUGGCGCUCAUUGUCUAUCUUGCUAACAAAAAUACUAUUUGAUGAAUAAUUCCUGCUCUCCUUGCAUAUUACCAUGUGAUCAUUGUGAAUCCGAGACAGCUUGCUCAACUUGUGUUCCUGAAUAUUAUCACGAUAGUUCAACUCACCAAUGUACUCUUUGCGAUCCUCCUUGCAAAGAAUGUUCAGAAUCUGGAAAUACUCAAUGCUCGAAAUGUCAUUAUGGUUACUACUUGAAUUCAUAAAUCUGUCAUCAAUGCGUGGAGCCUUGCUUAAGUUGCUUAACUAACGUAAUAUGUUAAAGCUGUACUGAUGGGUAUUACUUCGAUGGAUCUGUGUGCUAAGAAUGUUCUCCAGAGUGUGCUUUGUGCAACGGGGAAUAGGUUUCUCAGUGCUCAAGUUGUAAAGAAACAUUUUAUCUUGACACAACAACAUGCUAACAUUGUCCUACAAAAUGCGAAUCAACAUGUGAUUUCUUAGAUAACUCUGUAAUAUGCCAUGCUUGUGCUCUUGGAUACUUUGGCGCUAAUUGUGAAGAAUGUUUGGCUUCAUGUAAAACUUGUGCUGAUAUGCCUGCUUCAUGUACCUCAUGUAAUAUUGGAUACUACUGA